AUGGGAUAUCAAUUGAGUGCAACACUUAAAGGCCACAACCAGGACGUCAGGGAUGUGGUAGCCGUUGAUGAUUCAAAAGUUGCAAGUGUUUCGAGGGAUGGGACGGUUCGCUUGUGGUCUAAAGACGACCAAUGGCACAGUACAGUUGUUUAUACAGGAGAGAGAUUUCUAAAUAGUGUGUGCUAUGAUUCUGAGAAAGAGUUAUUGCUUUUUGGCGGCAAGGAUACUAUGAUCAACGGUGUGCCCUUGUUUGCCACCUUAGGGGAAGAUCCCUUAUAUACCUUGAUUGGCCAUGAAGGGAACGUUUGUAGUUUAUUUUUCCAAGAUGGUGUUGUGAUAAGUGGUAGUUGGGACAAAACUGCAAAAGUUUGGAAAGAAGGAUCAUUGAUUUACGAUUUGCAAGCACACAGUGCCUCUGUAUGGGAUGCCAAAAUUGUAUCCUUGACGGAAAAUAAAUUUUUGACUGCCUCUGCAGAUAAAACCAUUAAACUGUGGCAAAAAGACAAAGUGAUCAAAACUUUUAGUGGGAUCCAUGAUGAUGUAGUAAGACAUCUAGCCGUGGUGGAUGAUGGCCAUUUCAUCAGUUGUUCCAAUGACGGCCUUAUCAAAUUGGUCGAUAUCCAUAAAGGAGAAGUACUAAGGACAUAUGAGGGUCACGAAAGUUUUGUUUAUUGCGUCAAAUUGCUGCCUAAUGGAGAUAUUGUAAGUUGCGGCGAAGACCGAACGGUCCGUAUAUGGUCCGCGGAGAAUAGUUCACUAAAACAGGUAAUUACACUCCCUGCCAUCUCUAUUUGGUCCGUCGAUUCUAUGCCGAACGGUGAUAUCGUUGUGGGGAGCAGUGAUAAUCUUGUCAGGAUAUUCUCGCAAGACAAAUCAAGAUGGGCUUCAGAGGAUGAAAUAAAUGAACUCUCCAAGCAAGUAGAAAAAUCCACUAUAAGCUCUAAGACAAUAGAAUUCGAUGAGUCUAAGCUAUCUCCUUACGAAAUUUUGCAAUCCCCAGGGCACAAGGAAGGUCAAAUUGUGGUGGUAAAAUCACCACAAGGUACUAUAGAGGCUCAUCAAUUUUCAAAUUCUUCGUGGAAAAAGGUUGGUGAUGUCGUCGGUGCAGAUGCCACUGGGAACGACAAAAAAGUAGAAUUUGAAGGUAAAACAUACGACUAUGUCUUUGAUGUAGAUAUUGAAGAUGGAAAACCUCCCUUGAAGUUGCCGAUUAAUGUCAGCGACAACCCAUAUACAGCAGCCGACAAUUUUUUGGCCCGUUAUGAACUGCCAACGAGUUAUAGAGAUCAAGUGGUACAGUUCAUACUGAAGAACACUAAUGGCGUAUCACUAGACGAAGAAAUCAGCAACGAUAAUGCUCCAUCUUCCGCACUACCACCUCCAAAAACGAGUGUAAUGAAGGUUCUUCCCGUCAAGCAGUAUCUUGUCAUGGACAGUUUCAACCCAGAUACUAUUUUCAACGGAAUCGUGAAAAUAAAUUCAAAUGAAAAGACCUUUGACGAUGAAAUCCUGGCCCAAAUAGGUGGCGCACUACAUGAUAUCGAUGAGAGUUGGGAGUUGCUGCUAUCAUUUGCUAACACAAUAAGAUCUAAUUGGGAAGUUAAGACUCCUGCAUAUGACAUAGUACGAUUGAUCGUAAAAGACUUGCCGUAUUCUUCAGAUAUCAACGAUUAUAUCGAAGAAGGUUUGGGAAAUAAGAGUAUCACUUUGACCAUGCUGACCGUGCGUAUCUUGGUGAACUGCUUCAAGAAUAAAAACUGGGGUGUGAAAUUACUGGAAUCAAAUCAAGUUUAUAAAUCAAUUUUUGAAACUAUAGAUACCGAAUUUUCUCAGGCAUCUGCUAAACAGUCACAGAAUUUGGCCAUUGCCGUUUCCACCUUAAUUUUCAACUAUUCAGCCCUUGUGACGAAAGAAAACUCUGAUUUGGAACUUUUGCCAAUUAUAGCUGACGCCAUCAACACUAAGUAUGGACCAUUGGAAGAAUAUCAAGAAUGCGAGGAAGCUGCGUAUAGGCUGGCUAUAGCCUACGGAAAUCUGGCUACUGUCGAACCUACAUUAAAACAGUUUGCCAAUUCAGUAACCUGGCUUUCGAACAUCAAAAGAAGCUAUGGGAAUGUGUCAAGGUUCAAGGAUCUUUUUGACGAUCUCUCCUAA